AUUUUUAUACUUUUUAUACUUUUUUUUUUUUUUUGCAAAUUAAUUUGAAAUUGAUUUUACAACUCAACCUUCUUCCUCGACCACAAGUAGAGUACUGAAAGUUCUAUAUUCUACACCAUAACCUACAGUACUUUUCAAGCUUUUUGUUAGGACCAAAUCUCCCGUUAGUCAUAGGGAAUGAGUGCCUUGGAAGCUAUUUAUUUAUUUGAUAUCUAUGGAUCGGUCUUGCUGCAACUUGAAUCCAGAGGUAGAAUCUUGGCAGCGACUUCAGAGUUUAUAAAAAACGAAAUAUCAAAAUGCAAAUUAAGAAAUGAAGAACCCCCUUUUAUCAUUUAUCAAAAGAAUUCCUUGAUAUUUCAACAAUUGCAAGAUGAUGUUCGAAUAUGUAUACCGGUAACCCGCGAUACAGAACCUCUGUACAUACAUGAUGUGAUGAAACUGAUUAUAGACAUAAUAAAGAUUUAUUUUGGAAGCUUUCAGUCAUCCGUAAUUGAGAAAAACACUUCUUUGAUUGCACAGCUUCUGACGGAAAUGAUUGAUUAUGGGUACACGAUAAAUAUGGAGCCUAACGCUUUGCAAGACAUUAUUCCUACCCCAAGUCUGAUGAAAAAAUUUAUGGAAGUUACUGGUCUUCAGUCUAAUAUGCCUCCUAUCCAUAAAAAUACAGUGCCCUGGCGAACCUCCAAAGCCCGCUAUACUAAUAAUGAGUUUUUUAUCCGUAUCAUUGAACGCGUGUCUGCCGUAUUUGAUGGAAAUCAUCAACUUGUAUUUGGAACUCUAAAAGUUGACGUUGAGUGUAAAAGUCAGUUAUCUGGAAUUCCUGAACUUUUACUAUAUCUCGCUCCUGGAUCAACUAUGGAAAAUCCAAAGUUCCAUAAUUGUAUUGAUGUGAAACGAUGGAGAGAUCGUCCUUUGCAAUUACAGUUCAUACCGCCAGAAGGAAAAUUUGUUCUGGCAUCUUUUCAGACCGACUUAUCCAAACAAAAACCUUUACCUCUUAACGUGGAGGCAAAAAAUAUGACUGAUGGAAAUUUUGAGAUACGUAUACGAAACAUAGGAAAAAAGCCUAUAGAAAACCUUGAAGUAAGGAUUCCUUUACCUAGUUCUUUAAGCAGCGUUACCGCUACCAAUGGUGACUACAUAUGCCGCCCAUCAAAAUCUACCAGCGAUGACGGAGCUGUUUUGGAAUGGACUAUAAAAAAAAUUGAAUGGACUUCACCUGCCUACGUUCUAAAGGGUACUUUGAAUUCGAAACAGGAGUUAUCUAUCAGUGAAAUUAGUGAUCAAAGCUCCGAAAAAAAUGCGCUUCCUAAACUUGAGCAUCUAACCCUCCAUUAUAAAUAUCCACUUACCAUCCUUUCCCGGUUUAAGAUUGAUUCUCUCAAAAUUAGCAAUCGUCCAGAUAUGAAGUCUUUUAAGGGCGUAAAACACAGUGUAAUCGCUCAAGAUGUUUCUGUUCGUUUUAAAUAACUUACACACGACGUCUUUUUUAUGGCCGUUCUUAGAUGUUACUUACUAAUACACACUCUUUCCUCAUAUAAUAUAUUGACUACUUUAGUACAUUUGCUCUAUUUUUUUAAGAAUCUAAUUCUCAGAUUAAUUUUAUCUUUGCUGUAUCGCUGCACCAUCAAACUGCUCCAAUAUAUAAAUUAAAGACGACAAAGGUUUCAU